AUGCAACUUGCAACCUUUGUGACCACAAGGAUAUCCGACAAAAACACGAGGAAUUGCCCGAGUUUGAGGUUCAACUUCAUCACCAAUUCAACCAUUAAGGGAAUAACAUCACUUGAUAACAAGAACUUCCAUAUCAAUGUCCUCGGCUGCAACAACCUCACGUUCCAUAAUAUCAAUAUAGCUGCACCAGAAAACAAUCCCAACACUGAUGGAAUACACAUCGGUCGAUCAAAUAAGAUCACAAUAACAAAGUCCAAAAUUGCAAAUGGAGAUGAUUGCAUUUCUCUUGGAGAUGGAAGCAAACUAAUUGAAGUCACCAACGUGACAUGCAGGCCAGGACAUGGAAUAAGCAUCGGAAGUCUUGGAAGAUACACUAACGAAGAACCUGUUGAAGGUGUCACCGUAAAGAACUGCACGUUAGUUAACACCACUAAUGGUGUCAGGAUCAAAACGUGGCCAGCUUCUGCUGCUAGCGGCACCGCCACCAAUAUGCACUUUUUGGACAUUAUAAUGGCCAAUGUUAGCAACCCUAUUCUAAUAGACCAAUAUUGUCUGUGGAAUCAGUGCAAUCGGCAGAUUCCUUCAAAAAUUAAGAUUAGCACAGUGAGCUUCAAGAACAUUAGAGGAAGUUCUGCAACUCCGCUGGCAAUCAAACUUAUUUGCAGUCGUCACUUACCAUGUGACGAUGUAAAAGUAAGCAACAUUGACCUCACUUACAAUGGAAUAAAAGGUCCUAUUUCCUCCCAAUGUGCGAAUGUGAAACCCAUCAUUUAA